UUAUUCUCAGACCCGCCCACAAUUCAGAAUGUCACCACGUCAUCUAAGAAGUCUUGGAUUGGCCAGACAGUGACUUUGAAGUGUCUUUCUGAUGGUGUUCCUACACCAACACUCUCUUGGUACAAACCUGAAGGAAGUGAAAUAAACAGAGUCACAGCCAGAGAAAACAAAGUACAGGUGCCACUCAGGGGUGAUCAAGAUUUUGGUCAUUACAAGUGCAUUGCUGCCAAUGGACUUACUCCACCUGAUGAGGAGUUAAUAAAGAUAAAUCCGAUAAGUAAGUAAAAAAGAUCAGUGUAUUUUGAUAAGAAGAAAAGUAUAUAGAAGGUCAGCAUUUUCUUUGCUUUUGCCCAUUAUCACUUUUUCAGGUGUAUUAGAAGUAAAACCCAAAUUUUCUUACAAAGUACUCGACAGAGUAACUCAUUCACUUUGUACAUUUGAUAGUUUAACAUAUAAUAUAUGCGGAUAUUUUGCAAGGCCUAUAGUUGUGUGGAAAAAUGUAAGCUUAUGUUACACCAUCGAGUAAGGGACUUAUCAUUCUUUCAUUUGCUAACAAUUUGGCCGCUUAGUUUUCGACAUACAUCCUGCGGCCUUAUCUGAGCGUUCCAAUGACGUUUCCCGUCUUUAGCAGCAUUAGACCUUCACAUGUAUUUCACGUUCGUUACGCCAAUGAGGUAUAACAGCGUAAUAGUGGAAUUGUGCCGGAUAUAGUAAGCCUGAUCUUUUAGUGGAAAAUGCACCCAUAUUUGUAAAAACGAUUAACAGUAAAUUGACGACACCCUGCCUACUGGUAGCAUUAAACACGUUAAAAAAGAGCGUUGAAAUUCAGGAAGAUUGGCGACAUCUUCCAAUGCGAGUAACCAUAGGAAACUUCCUCAACCAUGGAAACUUAAUUUUUCCUCGUUUUCUUAAGCUCUUGGCUGAAUUUAUCCAGUAGCUACAUGUUAUUCAUUAAACUUUAUUAAUACAAGGACUUGCAUUCAUCCUAAGUAUUGUAACAAAACUCACUGUGGAGUAAUCACUGAAAAAAAAAUUCUCCUUCGGUUUUUUUUUUUCCUUUUGCUCAAAAUGAUCCCUUUUUUAUGGAACUAUAUAGAGAAACCAGGGAAAGCAUCCAUCAAAUCGUCAGAAUCAGUCAUUCAAGCAACUUUUAUAACAAUACGAUGGACUGCACCAGCUGAUGAUGGAGGAAGUCCGAUUACAGGAUACCAACUGAUCUUACAAAAGGGUGAAACUGAGUUAGAAAAGGAUGCUAUCACCAAUCCUGGGACGACAUCUUAUUCGUUUCGUGGUUUGGAGAAAAAUACCAACUACACAAUGAAACUGUAUUCCAGAAAUGUCGUAUUCGAGGGAGAUCCUACUGUAAGGACGAUUAAGACCAAGCUUGAAGGUGAGAAUCAGAGGUGAUAUCGUGAUUGAGCACUUAGCACCAACCGUUUUGUUACCAACUUAGAUUUGUUGUGAGUGGUCCCAGUUUUACCAUCUUAUCUGCUCGCCGUAUUAUAAGAUUUUUGAUUUUAAGUCCCCCCCAUAAUGGCCAUUUUCCUCUCCCUCUCUAAUAGUUAUUUGAGAGGUACCUACUUAUGAAGAAGCGUAUCACUAAACCACAGGUAAACGUAGGUGAGAACAAGAGACAACCCACGCGGUUACGUUCCGUAAAUGCUACCUGUUUUAUCAAGAAUUGUUUGCCUUGUGGUGUUUUUUUUAUGUUCACGUCUCAAAAUCUUUUGAUAUAAACUAAUAACAACAAAAAACGCUAGAUACUGAUCUUUACGUUAGUUGGAUACAACUUUUCCUAAACGCUUACCGGCUAUAUUCAGAACACCCAACAACCAACUAUCCAUUUUGCAGUAUUGGAGUGGAUCCAGAAUUUCGAAAAGGGGGCUUCGAACAAAUGGGGGGCCGCAGGGGGCAUGCUCCCCCGGGAAGUUUUGAAAUUAAAGUCCUCGGAAAUGCGAUUUCCAGCGUUUUGAGGGAUGAUGGUGGACGGUUUUUAAGAUACCUUAACCAUCUCUUAUGAAAGCUAUUUUAUUAAACAAGGACUACGUUUUGGUCUUGACAGUAAUCGAGAUCAACUGACCCCUAGAAAAUGAAACUAAAAUCUCAGUAAUUUUUUUUUUCUUCGCUAUUUAAUGUGUUCUAAAAGGUCACGCUUCAGAUUCCUCAAAAAUGGGAUCAACGAGUAACAUUCUACGAGGUUGUUGUUCGGCAAAUUUCUGAACUAUAGCAUCGUAAUCGAAAGGCUUUUCAUAGUGAAUACUCAUGAAAGCCAGGCUAGAAAGUCUCUCGGUUGUCAUCGUGGUCCGAAGGUAGCCCUUGACUAGUUUCAAAGUGCUGUUUGAGCGCUCGUUAUCAGCUGAUGUUACUGGAAUUGUACAUGCUAUUCGCAACAACAGAUGUGGAUGUUCGGAAAGAUGUUGGGAUCACAAGCCUGUAGAUCGACAAAAAGUGUAAUCAAUAAAGCUGUCAUUUGUUAACCUAAGCGAAAUUUGAACAAAAACAAACUGAGUUACUUCGCGCUUCAACGAUGCACGACGCAAGACGUGCUUCAACAUGUAAGGCAGGUUGAAGCGCGUCUGGUUUGUCCGUCUCGGAUUGCUAUCUUCUCAUCCAACGAUCAUAUUCAAUGUCGAGAGUCUGUGGGCUUGGGAUAUCUGACAUAUACAUCUCGGAGACUUCAACUAGGUCUACAUUUGUGCACGCUACAGUGGUGCUUGGCAUAAGACGAAGCAAUUGCAUAGCAGUCUUCUGAGUGGACCCAAAUCUGAAAAAAAAAUUCCUAUUCCUUAUUUCUCUAAAUAUUUAUGAUUAAGUAAACAGCCGAAAGGUUGAUAAUUUGUAUAGAUUACCUUAAAGACAUUUCUUGUGUGAUAUGGUCAAGGAAUGGAAUGUACAGAUUGCGACGGUAAUAUUCCUCAGCUGUGUCAUGGGGUGCAUUUGCCCUAUGUUGUUGUCUUGACGCCGUUCUAGGAGCACUUGGUUCUGUUCCCAGCUCUGAACUGAUCUCCACAGCAUAUGCGUGCCAUCUUUUGAAGACAACAUCAUUCUUGUCUCGCAAUUGUUUCAACUUCUUCUCUGUCUCCGAAAUCAUAUUGUAGGCUUUAACAAUGUCAUUAGACUUUUUUGUAUCUGUACGUCAGUCGGCUUUAUGAAUGCCAGAAUUUUCAUCGUGACCGUCAAGGACAUGAGGAACUGGAAAAAACACCAGGUAUGGUAGCAGCCGUUUGCUCUUUGGAGGGUUUCUAUCACAGUUCCAAGACGUAUCAGAGCUGUAUUGUUUAUGUUGCUGUUCAUCUAAAAUAACCUCAAACGUUUUAACUACUGAUGGAAGUAACUGAACAAAAGUUUCAUGCGCCUCGUGAUGCUCCACCCAACGAGUAUGGCAAGGGUCGCUAAUCUUGGUUCCUUGAGACUCUGGCUGAUCUAGGCUUAUCACUUUUUUCAAGCACUUCAGCCGCUUAGGGGAGUAAUUAAAAAAGUUUGCACAUUCUGUAAUUGUGCCAGCCAUGUUGGGAACUAAUGGCAAGCUACAUGCCUUUACGAUGACGAGAUUAAGAAAUGCGAAUUGCAGUGUACGCACAAGGCUUUGAGGUUUUCCUGGAAAUUAAGCCUUGUAUACCUCUAGCUUGGGAGGACAUGUUUGAGGCACUGUCGUAAUCUUGACCUCGGUAGUGGAAAAUAUCCAGGCCUCACUGCUCGAGUUUUCCUAGGAUCAAUUGCGAGAUCACCUCUCCAGUUAUUCUUUCCGUAGACUGGAAGUCUAAAAACUCUUCGCGAAUUUUAGAGUCUGUUAACGAACCUAAAGACAAAUGAAAGCUGCUCAAGUUUGGUGUUGUCAGUCACUUCGUCGCACAGAAUUGAAAGUACCUGUUAUCGCUUUUGCGCUUCUUGUCAUUGCCUCCUCAGUUGGCAAACCCCCUGGAGAGAAAAGUUUGUUUUAUCGGCGGAAAAACCGAUAAGAAGAAGAAACUCGUAUGGCUCGAGAAGCGGAGCAUGCGCACUCAUUUUUCCACCGUGUCAUGGCCGAGUGCCUUUACCAAGUCAUGCGCGAUGUCAAACUUUCUGUAAUUACGUAACACAAAUGAAUGCAUCGGUACUUCAAUUGAUCAUAUGAAAGUAGCUAAACAAAUCACUAUUUGUUUUAAGUUACAACCGACCAUCAUUUUAGGCUUCUCAUUAUCACUUUUUGUCUAUUCAAAUUAUUUUAAAUUACUUAAAUUAAUUUUGCUUGCAAUACACGUUCGUUUAAAAAAUAUCCCAAAAAAUCCUCGACCAAUUUACAGAUUAUCUAAUCACUGAUAAUGGUUGUGACCAGGUUAUUAUCAAGAAGUUGUAUAAUUAUUAGAAAUUUCACGCUGUCCAUGUUGUUGACAUCAAUCUAGGAGCCCCAGAUGUGGUCGAAAUAGACCAACUGCUAGAUGAAACAACAGACGAUACAAUUACCCUAAAGUGGAAGGAGCCAGAAAGUAAUGGAAAAGUUAUCACCAUGUAUACAGUGUACCAAAGAGUAGUAACUGAUGGGAAAGUAGGACAAUGGACAGAAAUAAGGAAAAUCAGAGGUGUUUCUACGAGAGAAUUGAAAAUAGCGUUGGAGAAAGGAAAGAUGUAUCAGUUUGCCAUAACUGCAACUAAUGAGCUUGGUGAAAGCCUAAAACAGAAGAAAGCAAAUAUCCAGCAAGUCAAGGCAGAAGGUAGUAUCUUCAAAUGAAUCUUAUUUUCGCCUUUCAAAGGUUAUCUUUUCUUUACUUAGUUUUCAAGCACUCUCCGUGUCACGAAUAUCGAGGUUUUUACGGCUGAAUUCUUCGCUUGCAAAAAACCUGAAUCAAUAUGAAAAAUUUUACUUACGUCGCAGUAGAUAUAUGUGUGCCAAUUGCAAAGAUAUGGCAUAUCUAGUAACUGAGAUUUCAAUCAUUGGCUGGCACACACAGAUAUUUUAACUAGUUUACUGACACAUGCUCACCUGAACCUGGAAAGAGAACUCUGCAACUUUUUAGAUUUAUCUUCUCGUACUUAAAUUAACUGCUUUUUUCUUUCCUUUGCCGCCAUCACUUAGUUGAUGCCUCUCUCCCACAAAAAAAAUGUUCACUCUCCCACACUGAAUUCUGAGAACUUUUCUCUCAUUUCACCACCACUGCCCUCCAUUCUUCAUACCAAUGAGAGCGACUUCGCACUUACCCUCCUCUACGCGCCGUAAUUUCGACAACAGAUUACUGAACCGCGAGAACUCAGAAGUGGCCUAUUGCCUAUUGGUCAGAAUUACUUUGUAAAUAAAUGAUCAACCCGAGGCUUUAACCUCGCGUGCAUAACACAAAACUUUUCCUUUCAUAAAUAAUGUCGAGACUGCCACCAUCAAUGUCAUCUAUUUCAUAACUUGCGGUUAUUUCAAAAAGUUAUACUUCGGCGAAAAGGAAGACGACCAGGGGAACGAUUCUGAGAACACCAUCGUGACACAAAAUACAAGAAAAACAAUAUCUCUCAAAUUGGCCUCCCAUUCGUACAUUUUAUGCCAGUGUUCUUUUUAAGUAAAGGCUUUAUACAUGAGUUCAAAUGAUAAUUCUUGUGCAAACAAACAAACAAACGUUCAUUUUAAGUCGUAUUUUGUUUUUCCCCAGUUCAAACAGUAAGCACAGAAGUUUACCUGACAGCGACAAUACAGGAGGACUGUAACAGACGUUCAGAAGUUGCUGAGAAAUUUCCAGAAAUGGUGAGAUAAUCUACUUGAUCCAUAUACUGGAGUUUAAGGAAUACUGCCAUGAGAUUUAUCAUGAAAAGUGAAUCUUAAUCAAUCUGUUCUUGAAUCAAAUCUUAAUAUUUCUGUUAGAAAAUAAGAUAUCCUGAACGAUCUUCAAUAUGUGACAAGCAUUUGAAUAUACGUUUUUUCUUGAUAUGUCCUUUUAGGCUUGUCAAAUUGCCUUCAGGUUUGGCUGCUCAUCCGCCAACACUGUGAACACCAGGUAAGGUACAGUUUGUUGCUCUACACUGAAACAACAAAUGCAAACUCAAAUUUGCCUUCUAGUAGGGGAGAGGAGCUUUAUUUCAAUGUGUUGUAUUUUAGCUGUAAAAGUGUUUUUUCUGCUCUAGCAAAUCUUAUAUAAUACAAGAUAAUUUAUGUUUGAAGUAUAUUGUCUUUAAUAUUGUCUUUAUAUACCUUGGUUUAAUACAUUGGUUAAAUCUCAAUAUAUUUUAACACUUAAAAAUCACCAAAGUACGAAUGUGUGCGAUGAUACUCUUUGCUCUCUCUCUCUUCCCCCCCUCCCCCCCUUAUCUAGGUGUGGCAGUGUUGUUCUUGACUUUAUGAUGAGGUUCAAUCAAACUGUAGUCGUCAGCAAUGUUUUGAUUGUCCUGUCGGAUGCUGCAAGGCAAGACAAAUUCAGAGGUUUCAAAGUCAAUCCAGACUCAAUUAAACAAGUUUUAAUACCCACAGAUGGCUCGGAAAGCACAACAAAAGGUAAAUUUUACAAAGAAAUUGUUCAAUGUUUACACGUAUUCUUCCGAAGAUGGACUCUUUAUAAUCGUAUUCCGUAUCUAUUUAAUUAAACAACUUAUUCUGUGACUGAUACACUUCCAAGUUUUUGUUUUUGUCGUUGUUGUUUUAUUUAAUUAAACAAAGUCUUACUCUUAAAAAUUAUUUCAGAGAGAGUAGCACCUUACUCUUCCUUAGUACCAAGCCAAUUAGAGUUAACGUUUUCCGGUCAUGAACCUCAGCUAUGUAGUAAGAGCAGUGUAUCCACCAGGAUCAGUGUAAAUGUUGUUUGAAUGUUAUUUCAUCAAGCUUUGCAAAAUGAAUCAUUUUAGGUCCUGAGGAAUGUAACUGCCCAUCAAACAACGUCUUGUUGGCCAUAAUUGGGGUUCUUGCCUUCACAGUCCUUCUUCUAAUUAUUUACAUAAUCUGGCUACAUAAGAAAGGUAGGUAAAAAAUCAUAAUCUAUGUUUGGCUGCAAGAUUCUUUUUCACGCAAAAGCAAACUUUUACUCGCGUUUAAAUCAUUUGUAUUUUUUCCUUUCGUUCUUUUUCAGGCGCUGUAGGGAAACAGAGGUAAGAAUUUUCUGCUAGUUGGUUUGUGUCGAUAUAAUGUGCCCGAAAUGGUUUCAUCUUAACACAAAACUCCAAUAAAAAUUGAUGAAAUUCUUAGCGUAAUAUAAUUAUUUAUAUGCUUUAUCAAUUGUAGGACUUAUGAAGAUAAGAGACGUGUUUGCGACGUAAGUUACAGCUAAGACAUUGAGGUCAUGUUAGUGUGACCAGAAAUUAUGUAAUCUUACUUUACCUCUACUUUCUAUGAGAAAAUAAACGCUUGCAGCAAAUGAGAAGGAAAAAAUUUGUAGUUCUACAUAAAAAAAAGCAUAUUGCAUCAGUGGCAGAUACAAUGAAAUAAAAGAGGAAGUUAGGCUCGAUAAGGUCUUUGUCCCGUGAUCAUGUCCUUUACCAAGCCACUCCAUGGAUUUUCCUUCGAUUGUCCCUGGUUCAGCCGCUUGGUUUCACUUCGCAGAUCGCUAAUUGGUCUGCACCCGGUUGAUAUUUGCUUUCUAAAUAAUAGAUUUCGUGCAUUUUGGCCGUCGUAUUUUCUUGCUGCCUUAUUUUCUAAACGUGAGUUUAGGAGCUUGGUACUGCAAGAGUUGUUUCGUGCGUUUAUUUGUCAAAAUAUUGGACUACCAAUCGACAAUCUUCAUGUUGCAGUUUGUAGCUUCGACGAAUAUGCUAUGAGCCUCGAUCACUCUAUUGGACAUGAUAGUUUCAAAAGCAGAGAACAAACUGUUAGUAAUAAUAAGGACAAGAGGUUAUAAACUAUUUAUAAUCUCUUAUCAAUAAUCUGUUAUCAUGGAAGAAUAUAAACAUUUGUCUGAUAAAAAUGGGUGAACUGAUUUUUAUAACCACGAGGUACUUUUUACUAGGAUUAAUAACAGAUUUGGAUAUGAAUACGUUAACAGUGUGUUGGUUUAAUAGAAUGAAACAUUAUUAGAAGAUAUCGAACCAAGUCUACCUGAUUCAAGAAAACUCACCCAGCCUCAUGCGGAAUACAUGGAUCUCAUAGAAGUCAACAAAGAUGAUAGAAAAGCACAAAGUACCCCUCCAGGUGCUGAUUACGUGCCUCUUCAUCCAUUAACACGCUGCUGGGAAGUUCCUAGACAUAACGUGACCAUAGAAAAAAUCAUUGGUAAAGGUGCUUUUGGUCAGGUUGCCAAGGGAACAGCAGUAGGACUUCGAGGGAGUCCUGAAACGACCACAGUGGCUAUUAAGAUGCUUAAAAGUGAGCUCUUGUACUGUAAAUUGAAUGAGUCUUGGCCUACAGACAUUCAGGAAAUGUUACCGGGUUACUGUAAUUAUUUAGCUAUUUUCCAUUUCAUAAGUUACGUUGUUAUUCCGACAUUUCGCAUAUUAUUCUCGUUAACCAAAUUUUACUCCUUGUUUUUAAUGCUCCAGCAAACGCUACUGAAUCGGACAAGAGAGAUCUGAUGAAAGAACUUGACACAAUGAAACAGCUAAAACCACAUCCUUACGUCAUUAAACUUCUGGGAUGUGUUACUGAAUCUGGUAUGCUUUGGUUAUGCGGGUCUAAUUUUGCUGUACACAUUUUUCUUAUGAUUUACUCUGUAACGCUUUCUCGUCAUUGAUAAUUUGCCUCAGUGGAAGGGUGACCGCUUCGCAAUUGAGCAAAACAAACAACCAUCGCAUAAGGUAAUUUUAUCUUCUUUUAGCCAACACAGACGUGUCUGGAUUUACUGAUAGACUAAGACCGAAUAUUUGCCACUGAACAGAUCAUUCUGUUGUAGAAGCAGAAACGCUUUUUGAAAGGGAAUAAUUGGUCUGUACUUUCUUAUGGGACCGUCGCAUAGUUUUUCUUGUUUUCAUGCGAUUUCUUCAAAAGCGUUGACCAUGACUGGGCUAUUCAUCUAUUUCAAUUACUGCUUUUUUUUUUAAAGAAAGUAACAUAUCAAUUAAAUUGUUUAAUUUCUUCAGAACAGCUGUUGGUUUUGAUUGAAUAUGUGCCUUUUGGGGAUCUGCUGGGUUACCUGAGAAAGAGCCGUGGAUUAAAAGACACUUACUACAAAGACCCGGAUAUCAAACCACAAACAAAUCUGACGUCACAGCAGCUGAUGAAGUUUGCUUGGCAAAUUGCUGAUGGAAUGAGUUACUUGUCCGCAAAAUCUGUAAGUUAG